AUGCCUCGAGAGGCCGAGCCGUCUCUGAGUGAGAGGACGUUUGUGUCCAAGGCCCUGGAGGAGGGUCUACGUCUGGACAAUCGCAAGCUGGACCAGUCACGGCCCGUGGUUCUCAGCCUGGGCGAUGAGUAUGGCGUGGCCACUGUUGAAUUCGGCAAGACAAGGGUCCUCGCCAAGACGUCAGCCGAAGUGACGGUUCCAUACUCUGACAGACCGUUUGACGGCAUCUUCACCAUCACAUCGGAGCUGGGGCCGAUGGUGGCGCCGUCGUUCGAGGUGAACCGGCCUACGGAGACGGAGAUCCUGCUCUCCCGCCUCCUGGAGAAGACGAUCCGCCGGUCGGGCGCGCUCGACACCGAGUCCCUCUGCCUGGUGGCCGGGCAGAAGUGCUGGGCGGUGCGGGUGGACCUGCACGUCCUGAACCACGACGGGAACCUGCUGGACGCGUCGUGCCUGGCCGUCGUGGCGGCGCUGCGUCACUUCCGCAAGCCGGACGCCUCGGUCGAGGGCGCCGCCCUGACGGUGUACACGGCCGCCGAGCGGGAGCCUGUGCCGCUCAGCUGGCUUCACUCCCCCUUCUGCGUCACCUUCAACUUCUACGACGGCGGCGGCGACGACGACGACGGCCACGGUGGCGUCAUAGUCCUGCUGGACGCUACCUGGCUCGAGGAGCAGCUCGCCGUCAGCUCCUGCACCUACAGCCUCAACAAGCACGGCGAGCUGUGCCAGGUGUCCAAGCUGGGAGGCGCGGCCGUUGACGCCCCCGUCUUCGUGCAGUGCGCUCACGUCGCGCUCAGCAAGUCAAAGGAGUACACGGACCUGGUGGACGGCAAGCUGGCGGAGGAUGCAAAGAGGAGAGACAAGGGUGGACUCAUGGCUGAGUUGACGGCAGAAAAUGACAGAUGA